AUGAAGAACAAGUAUCCUAUUCCGCUCAUGGAAGACUUGUUUGAUAGAUUGGGGAGUGCGACGGUGUUCACAAAAAUUGACCUGAAGACAGGGUAUUGGCAAGUUCAUAUUGCUGAGGGUGAUGAACACAAGACGACCUGUGGGACAAGAUAUGGGUCGUUCGACUUCCUGGUUAUGCCGUUCGACUUGACUAAAGCUCCAGCCAUAUUUUGCACCCUGAUGAACCAAGUCUUCGAAGAGUACAUUGACGAAUUUGUGGUGGUCUAUUUGGAUGACAUUGUGGUUUAUAGCCAAACACUAGAAGAACACCUGGAGCAUUUGCAAAAGGUCCUAGCCCGGUUGCGGGAACACAAAUUAUAUGCGAAGCUAUCCAAGUGCUCCUUUGCUCAAAAAUAG